UUCAACUUGUUACAAUAUCUACUACAUGUUUAAUAAAAUGGCACUACUAUUUUCCUACCAUUUAUGCAGACAUUAUAUUCUCUAUACAUUGGUUGAGUACUCUUGUCAAUCUGUUUGAGGUUUCUGAAAUAUGGACAUGGAAAAAGGCAGAAGAGAGAAGGGAAUAAUAUUACUGAUUGUGGCACUUUCAACAUGUUUCUCUGCUUAUAAUGGACAAGAAAUGCUGACAGAUCCAGAUGAAGUGGAUGCACUAGAGGCUAUUCAUGGAAGCCUGGAAGAUCCAAUGGGUUAUCUGAGGAAUUGGGAAAAGGAGAAAGAUCCAUGCACUUCUUGGUCUUUUGUUUACUGCUUUCAAAAUGAAACUGAAGGUUAUCAGCAUGUUCAAGAAUUGCGUCUGAUGAACUUGUCAUUAUCUGGUACACUUGCUCCUGAACUUGGCCAACUUAAACAUAUGGAAACUUUGAAUUUCAUGUGGAACAGCAUUAGCGGCAGUAUACCUAAGGAGAUUGGCAACAUAAUUGCUUUGAGGCUACUGCUUUUGAGUGGAAAUCAAUUAUCAGGUCCUUUACCAGAAGAACUCGGUUAUCUUCCUAACUUGAAUAAAUUUCAGUUGGACUUAAAUGGUAUAUCAGGGCCAAUACCAAAAUCAUUUGCAAACUUGCCAAAAGUUGCACAUUUCCAUAUGAAUAACAAUUCAAUAAGCGGUCAAAUUCCUCCAGAGCUGUCUGUUUUACCUCGGCUUCAACAUUUCCUUCUGGACAACAACAAUUUAUCGGGUUACCUUCCACCAGAGCUUGCACUGAUGCCGAACUUAACAAUUCUUCAACUUGACAAUAAUAACUUUGAAGGCUCUGUGGUUCCGGCUUCGUACAGUAAUAUGACCAAACUCUUGAAGUUGAGUCUUAGGAACUGCAACUUGCAAGGACCAGUUCCUGACCUGAGCACAAUACCACAUCUUCUUUACUUAGACCUUAGCAGAAACCAACUGACGGGAAAUAUACCGACCAAUAAGCUGUCUGAUAAUAUCACAACCAUCAUUCUGUCAGGAAACAUGCUUAAUGGCUCUAUCCCUUCGAACUUUUCUGUCCUUCCAAGGCUGCAGAGGCUGUCACUCAACAAUAAUAGGUUAAGUGGUUUUGUUCCAACUACCAUUUGGGAGAAUAGGACAUUUGUCCCAGGCGCAAAACUUAGAUUGAAUUUUCAACGUAAUUAUCUCUCAGAUAUUUCGAGUAUUCCUAAUCCUCCUCCAAAUGUUGAUAUGAUGCUCUAUGGCAAUCCUGUUUGUGGAAAUGCAAAUGAACGUCAGAUUACCCAAUUUUGUAAAUCAAGAGACGGAGGUGAAGAGUAUGGAGGCGUGAACAACUCUAUUGCAAGUUGUGCAGCCCAGCCGCCUUGCAACCAGGAUUUCGAAUAUGUCCCAGCAUUAAAAGAUGGCUGCUAUUGUGCGGCGCCUUUUGGAGUUGGUUUGCGUUUAAGAAGCCCUAGCAUUUCAGACUUUCCACCACAUUAUAAUGACUUUGAACAGUGGAUAACAAAAAGUGUUAACUUGAAUGAUUAUCAACUGCACAUUGAUUCGGUCGCGUGGCAAAUCGGUCCUAGGCUUAGGUUGUUUUUGAAGUUCUUCCCUCCACGUUCAAAUGAUUCUGGAACCAAUGCUUUUGGCAAAUUUAAUGACAGCGAGAUAGAACGGAUUGCAAACAAGUUUGCCAUCUUUAAUCUUACUGGAAGUGAAAUCUUUGGCCCAUAUGACCUGCUCAAUUUCACCGCCAUGGGAUAUAGUUCUGUCCUUUUUCCCUUGUUGGAAGGAGGGGGAAGCAGAAAAAGCAGAGGCACUGUGGUUGGAAUUGUUUUAGGGUCCAUAUGUGCUGCAGCUGUACUUCUUGUGGCCAUAAUAUUCGUGUUGCUUAAAAUGCAUCCAAGGUCCCAUAUGUCAAAAGAUCAAUCUAUAUCAAAAUAUCCAAUGCGAAUAGAAGGUGUUAAGGCCUUGGGCUUUAAGGAAUUAGAGGUAGCAACUAACAGUUUUAGCAGUACUACUGAAAUUGGCCAAGGAGGCUAUGGGAAGGUCUACAAAGGCAGUUUGGCAGACGGUACAACAGUGGCAAUAAAACGUGCACAACAAGGCUCACUACAGGGGGAAAAAGAGUUCUAUACUGAGAUAGAAUUGCUGUCACGUGUGCAUCAUCGAAAUCUGGUUUCAUUGGUGGGAUACUGUAAUGAAGGAAGUGAACAGAUGUUGGUUUAUGAGUUCAUGCCAAAUGGUUCCUUACAUGAUCUUCUCUCUGCUAGAUAUGGGCAACGUCUGAGUCUUGGAACAAGGUUACACAUUGCUUUAGGUGCUGCCAGGGGCAUCCUCUACCUCCAUACUGAAGCUGAUCCUCCAAUAAUCCAUCGCGACAUCAAGGCAAAUAACAUACUGUUAGAUUCUAAAUUCACCGCAAAAGUCUCUGAUUUUGGAAUCUCAAGGCUUGCACCAUUACCUGAUGCUGAAACGAGUGGACAUGUAUCAACUGUAGUGAAAGGAACUCCUGGCUACCUCGAUCCGGAGUACUUCUUCACUCACAAGUUGACAGAGAAAAGUGAUGUUUAUAGCCUUGGUAUUGUAUUUCUCGAGCUUUUAACAGGGAUGCGACCUAUAUCUCAGGGAAGGAACAUCGUCCGAGAGGUGAAUGCAGCAUGCCAAUCAGGGAUGAUGUCUUCUAUAAUAGACAGGAAUAUCGGUACUCCAUAUUCCUCAGACUGUGUGAAGAAAUUUCUGGAUUUGGCCCUCAGGUGUUCAGUUGAUGAACAAAAGGAUAGACCUUUAAUGCUGGAGGUGGUGAGAGAGUUAGAGAACAUCACUUCCACGGUUCCAGCUGCAUUCGACAAUAAUAUUAUUGCAUCCGAUGUAGAUGUUUCCACGUCUGGAAUGUCAUCAUCGCCAUCAACUUCAACUUAUUCGAGACACACUACCACCUACACGACUAUGGAAGGAAUUGAGCUUGUGAGCGGUGUCAUUCCCUCCAUCAGGCCUCGUUGAUGCCUUUUAGAACUUGCUAUAUACCUUUUAUUUACCAGCAGGUUAAUGGUCGGAUUGUGAAGUAUUACAAGUUCAGUAUUUAAUCUGCAGGUAUGUAAAUAUAUAACAAGGCUGAAUCAACUCUGAAAGCUCAAAAAAGACUUGUUUGUUGUUCCAUUAGAUAUGCAUUCUCGUUUAUGAACUUGAUAAAUUAUGAAUUUAAGUAAUGUACGUGGUCAGUGCAAACAAUUUUUACUUCAGGUCAUUUUUACCUACUGUCUA